AUGAAGAAGUUAGCACUAAGUUACGAACUGUUAAAAGAAGCACAAUAUUUGUCAAUAACGAGCGAUAUGUGGACAUCGGAUGCAAUAUUGAAUUUUAUCACGGUGACAGCGCAGUUUCUUGAUAAAAAUUUUAUUUUACACAAUCGUGUUCUCGAGACUUUAGAUUAUCAUGAUACUCACAACUCUGAUAAAAUACGUGAACGAAUUCAAAAGGUGCUGAUCAGUUGGGAGAUUCUUGAUUUGAUUGUAUGUGUCGUGACAGACAAUACAUCAGCAAUGGUCAAGGUCGGAAAAAGUCUGAAUCUCGGCUGGCUCGGUUGUUUUGCACAUUUGAUACAAACGAUAGUAAAAGUUGGGUCAGAUAUUCAUGAUAUCAAAACACAAAUAAAAAACGUUGAGAAAACAGUUUGCCACAUUCAACGUAGUUAUAAAGCUAAGGACAAUCUAAGAGAUGCUCAACAAUCAAUCGGUCUCAGCAGUCGAAAUUUAAUACAAGACGUUGAAACGCGCUGGAACAGCACCUUUUAUAUGUUACAACGUUUUGUCGAAGAGGAACCAGCAUUAUCUAUGUGCUUCACGAACCAAGAUUUCUUGAAUCGAUUUAAAGAUCCAAGUAUCAUCACAAAUGCAAUUUAUGAUGAUUACACUAAAAGAUGCCAAAUAUUGUUCACAAAUAAAUUAGUAUUAUUGGCAACAGUCCUUGAUCCGCGCUUUAAAUCCUUUUCAUUUUUAUCCUCCACACGUUAUAUUCAAAAUAAUGCAGAAACUGCAUUACAGUUGGAAUUUAUGAAUAUUUCCAGCAGCAUUUGCCCUGUUCAAACUACGACUCAAAAGGCAAAAGAUGAUGAUUCGUUAUGGGAGGAUUAUGAUAGUGCAAAUCAAACAAAUAGCAACAACGUUUCAGAUGAACUGACCAAGUAUUUGAGUGAACCAGUUAUUCCACGCGAAUCCUGUCCAUUAGCAUGGUGGCAAUCAAACAAAGAACGUUUGCAAAUUAGAGCUAGGCAUGCACCUGUUGCUGUUAACAGAAACAGUUCGUAA